GUACGUGUGUGUUAUUUUGUUGUUGUGAGGAGUAUGUGGCUGUCGGCGGUGCUGUGGCGCGGUUGACAGCCAGUUUUAGGAAAGCGCUCUCUGUAGUUGGAGGAGAGAGUGCUUCGGGGAUCCACUCUUCCAGGGACUGCGGAGCGAGGAUUCACGCAGCCCCGAAAAACCAUGGCCACCGAAAGCGGAUCUUCGUGCACGGGAUCCACUUUGCUCCAGCCGAUCAGCGAGAUGAUCAACCUCCCCCUAGAUCAGGUGAACUUCGUGGUCUGCCAGCUGUUCGCCCUCCUGAUGGCCUUCUGGUUCCGGCUCUAUCUGCACCCCAGCAAGACCAGCACCUUCGUCCGGCACAUGGUGGCCACGUUGUUGGGCCUGUACCUGGCCGUGUUCUGCUUCGGGUGGUACUCUUUGCACUUCCUCUUCCAGAGUGGCCUCACCUACUGCAUCAUGCUCUUCGCUGGAGCUGAGCACAUGCACAAGUAUUGUUUCAUCGUUGCCCUGGGGUACCUCAGCCUCUGCCAGAUCACGCGGGUCUACGUCUUCGACUACGGCAUGUACUCCGCUGACUUCACUGGCCCCAUGAUGGUUAUCACGCAGAAGAUCACCAGCCUGGCUUUCGAGAUUCACGACGGUGAGGAAGACUCAGUGGGGGCCACCGGGUCCAUGGGGGGGGGGGCUCCUCAUCUUAGCCCGUUUGGAAAGCACCCCCAGAUUCACCGCGGCUGGGGGGACCAGUGUCAGUACAGCCCUUGGACUGACGCCAUCAACAACGCUGCUGGAUUCGGGUUUAAUGGCUACGCCAAGGACGGCACUCCCAGAUGGGACUUGAUAUCUAAUCUGAGGAUACUGGACAUAGAGUUCGCCACCAGCUUCAAGAUGUUCCUCGACAACUGGAAUAUCCAGACGGCACUUUGGCUCAAAAGGGUUUGUUACGAGCGCUGUCCCUACAACCCGACGGUGGCCACCUUCCUGCUGUCGGCCAUUUGGCACGGCGUGUAUCCCGGAUACUACCUCACCUUCCUAACGGGCAUCCUAAUGACCCUGGCAGCGCGCGCCGUGCGGCACAACCUGAGACGGCACUUCCAGGGGUCCGCCUCGCUGAAGCUGGCCUAUGACAUCAUCACGUGGGUAGCGACACAGAUCGCAAUAUGCUACACGGUGGUGCCCUUUGUCCUGCUGGCCGUGAGCCCUUCGCUAAAAUUCUACAGGUCGUGGUACUUCUGCAUCCACAUCAUAUGCCUCCUCCUGGUGGCCACCAUGCCAGUGAAGCCCAGGCACCUGCGGCCGAAGGACACUUCCGAGGGGCCCGCCCCACCUCAGACAGAGGCCCUCAGGAGCCACCCCGCCAUGGACAGCAACAGCAACCAGAAGCUGAAGACCACAUGAAGCGGGGUUGGGGUAGGGGGGAGGGCACC